AACUUGUUCUUUUUCACAAUAAUGAUCCACACAAACUCGGUGGCCAAAAUAUGAAAGCAAAUAAUACAAGUGUGGCUUAGUUAGAAAUAAUCCUAAAGCUCAGUAGCUAAACGCAUCGAAUCUCAUAAACGGCGUUGAACCAUAUUCCCGGUCGCCACUCGCCACCACCUCCAUGCUUGAAUAGCCACCAAUCUCACCUCCAUUUCUAUUCUUCACUUCUGCCAUUAGUUUUCGCUCUUCGACUCGCACUGAAUCACAGUUCCGAACACGAAACAAAUGGCAAAUGAGCAAGGAGUCGAUGAAAAUCAACCGGAGAAGAUCAACGAGAACCAGGUAGCAAACACCGGCGUUUCAAGCGGCUUUACAGGGAUGAUAUAUGAACAGUAUCGUAAAGCUAAAGAGAACGCCGAAGCUUAUCCUUAUGUAUGGAGUUCCUAUCUUAUCGUCUAUGGUGGAUUUGGUCUCUGGGUAGCAUAUAGAUACAGAAAGCUUCGUAAUACUGAAGACAGAGUCAAAGCUCUUCAAGAAAAACUUCGUAUCCUUCGUCAAGAAAGAGAGCCAACAACAAGCUCUGCUGCAUCGACCAAAAAGAUAACAUCAUCUAAUGAAGAAUCUACCAAAUAGUUUUCAGGUAAUCUCUCUUGAAUUCAAUCCAUUUUCUCAUGAAAAUGCUUUAGCAUGUGGUGAGAUUUUUGGUGACAACUGUGUAGAAACUAGGUUUUUGAAUAUCUGAUCUGUUAGGUCUUUGUACUGAGAUUUUAACUGUGCAUACUGCAUAGAAGAAGAUGAAUUUCGAUCACUUUUGGUGAUAGAUGAGUUAAAUUUUGAUAUUGAGAUAUUCUUGUGAGGAGAGUUUUCAAGAAUUGAAUAAUGUUUUUUGAAUGUGAACUAUAAUUGGUGUU